GCGUCUCCUUGGCGGUUGCUAUCCCUCACGCACGCACGCCCAGCCUAGGGCCAGGCGAGUCAAGCCAGUCUCCUCCCCGUCGUCCCCCCUCCCACACCCCCACCGCCUCCUUCCUCCUAGGGCUCCAUCGCGCGCCGCACCCUCCCUCCUCCACCGCCGCAGUUCCGGACGAACUAAAUCUUGGACAUGGAUCAAUACUCACAACCAAAGGAAGAAAGUGCCACUAGCGAUCCACCUCCAGCAUAUGCAGCAACAACAUACCCACCGCUAGUGAUGGUAUCUGGAGCGCCACCAGCAGGCACUGUCUUUCCUCCAGGCUCCCAGGGCGUUCCAGCUUAUCCAGCCAACCCAGUGCAGCUGUCAGACCAGAACCAGAUUCCGUUCCAGGUGCUUCAGCAGCAGCAGCAGGACCACCAGCAGCAGCAGCUUCAGGCCUUGUGGGCUGAGCAGAUGGCCGAGAUCGAGCAGAUGUCUGAGUUCAAGCUCCACAGCCUUCCCCUCGCGAGGAUCAAGAGGAUCAUGAAGGCUGACGAGGACGUCCGCAUGAUUGCUGGUGAGGCGCCAGCAGUCUUUGCGAAGGCCUGUGAGAUGUUCAUCCUAGAGCUGACGCUGAGGGGAUGGUUCCAUGCCCAGGAGAAGAAGAGGAGGACGCUGCAGUUGAAUGACAUCGCCGCGGCGGUUGCUAGGACCGACAUCUUUGAUUUCUUGCUGGACAUCAUGCCCGAGGAUGCGCUGAAGGAGAAUGGCGUUGGGUUGCAGCCCGCGACAAUGCAGGCUAUGGUCCCGUCCUAUGCCCUGGGGAUGUAUGGGAACCAGCAGCCUGUGCCAUUUGCUUGGUCACAGCCAGAGCAGCAGCAGCAACAACAGCAGCCUUACAACGGUGGACAAGAUGAAGGAGCAUAGCUGAAACGGGAUGUGGGGUUAGUGGCCUAAUGUGGUUGACUCAUUCUGCUAGCAACAGCUAGUUACUGGAUUUAAGGUGUUUCGCGUGGAACUUCUGUAGAAAGUGCCCUUUUACAUGCUUAUUUCCUGUCUUUCGUUAGUGGUAGUGGUAGUAGGACGACUCAACAUCAGCCAUACCACAUGAAUUUCUCUUUUACCUCAGGGACGCGUUUUGUUCUUCCUAAAGAUUUAAUGAAUUAUCACUAGAGAC